AGGAAAUACCUCUCGCAGUUUCAGCUCGUCAACAAAGUCGCUAAUUUCCACGCAAUCUCAAUCCUCCCACCUCCCUCCUUUCCCCUAUCCUAUGCAAAACUUCCCGAGAACCACCCUACAAAGACAUCAGUCUUUCCACGGCUUCCAGAACCCUCCAAAUAUCUUCCACCUGUCGGGUAACCCCGCGUUCAUGGGCUCUCAAAAUUCAACCGGAUAUAAUGCCUUCAUACCCUCGAUUUUUUCUCAUUUGCCUCAAAGUUUCCACCAGCAAACCGGAUCUAGGACUAUCUCUGGCAUCCCAGUCAACAACAAUCAGGCUUAUCUGCCACCAAGCUUUUAUCCUCAAAACGUCAAUCCGUUUUGGUUCACAAAUCCGUUUUCUAUCGUUCCACAAAGAGUUGUAGGCAGAAACGAAGCGCAAUUUGAAAUCAGGAGGAGCGCUUCGGGUAUCAAUAAGCCUGAAUCUACCCCUGAAGAAAAGAGAAGCAAACGUUUGGCAACGAUCGUUGAGAAACGCUUUGCUUCUUUGGAUAUCAAAAAGAAACACAAAUGCUACUCACCCACUUUUUAUUCCAUGAGGUGUAAAAAGCACGCCAAGAAAAGGCCAAUCAUAGUUACACUGCCCAAAAAAUGUUUCAGCGCGCUAGCGCUGUCGAAAGAUGAAUCUCUCAACGAUUCUUGUGAUAAAAAGAGCAGCUCAGAAGUCUUUGAGGAUAGUCAGAUCAACGACGAAAGCGGUUUACCAGUACCAGCACCUCGUUGCAGAAGAUACAAAAGAACUGAGAUCGUGUAUGCCAAUAUAUCUCAACAACUGAAUAAAUCUAAUGAAAGCAAUGACACUUCUGUUGAUAGCAACACUGAAGCUAACAAUGAAAUCUCCGUAACCGAAGUCCAAAUCCAUGCUACCAAAGAUGACGAUACCAAAAGUGAAGAAACUAUCAGUGACAGCAAAGAAGACAACAAAACUGAAAAACAAGAUACAAAACCGGUUCUCGUUGCAGUUAGUCCAAAAACGAACCCGCUGUUGUCACCACAAGCUUUAAAAAACUCCCCUGUUCUGAAAGUCAGCCCCAACUUCAUCAAACCAAAGACUGAGAGCCCAAAAGGCGCACUCUCCUUGCAGAUCCAAGCGAAACUAAAAGCAUCGCCGCUGCAAAGUCCCACCGAUCCCAACAAAAAAUUCGUUAGCGACAACGGUAAUGACGAAAAGGCUGCUGAGCAAUUUCCUAACGUACCGCAAAUGCCAGUGCUAAGUACUGCCAAUGCCUCGAAUGCUAAUACGAGUACUAACGAUCAGAACGCAUUUUACACGCUAAACCCACCCCACUUUAAGCAACUAACCCCCGCUGAACAGCCUCCUCAGUAUUCAGCGACUAUACCGCAUCAGCACCACCAUCAGAAGCAUUCUUCUCAACUCCUGCCGAAGGCGCUCUUCCAAGAACCUCUGUCCAAGAGCAAGUCCUUCAACAACAAGUCGAAACAGAAGAAGCACCACUUUCAGAUCCCUCUCCAGAAAUGCAACAGCUUCAAGUUCCAGACUGCCGAGAGCUACUUCCAACCGAUCAAAAACCUCCACGAGGAGAACCUGAUGAGGAACGGGUAUGCCAGUGACUAUCAAGAAGACACUCAUCGGAGGCAAAAAAGAGAAAAGCACAAGAAGGCCAAAGGGCCGUUGGUACUCAGAAGACCUGGGCCCGGAGGUCACCAGGAGAGCGUUCACUUCCAAGUGAACAUGCAGAAUUCUAUACAGCUACAAUACCCUCAGCCUGUCUUAGGACCGCACCAGAGGGCGAACGGUGUUGUAUAUGCUGAUUUAGAUAUGCCUUCUUCAGGGUCAGGAUCCAAACAAGGAUCGUAUGACAGCAACUCGUUGAAGAACGGCAAAAAGAAGAGCAAGACUGAAUACGCCACGUUGAAGUUCGAUGAUGUGGGGCAGGAGAUCGAUGUUUAACAAUGUAGUAGCUCUCGGACUAGGUUUAAGUAAUACUAAGACUAACGGAACAACUACAACAGCUAGUGAUACAUAUAUUUUUUAAGCCCUACAGACCCGAUCCCUGUGAUCUAGAUUACGCCGACGUGGACUACAAGUCGGCCUACUAUUACGGCCCUAUCAACUACAAAGCCGCGUCCAUUUACGCUGCCAUGAAAAGAAACCAGAACAACAAUCGACUGGAAGAGGUUGAAAAGGACGAUCUGCUGUAGGGAACUGUCUGAAAUUGUUGCAUCUUUUAGGGUAAUCUGUUUUUUCUCGACGACCAUUUUCCAUAUCGUUUUCCCUGUAAGUAGCUCCAAGCAAGUGUUUUUAUGUAUGACUUCUUUGUUGUUUAUUUGUGAAUGGAAAAUGAUCGUCGGCAUAUUCUGGGGUGAAAGCAAAGUUUGCUACUGCUAUAGCUGGGUCCGUGAAUACACCAAACGUAAGUCGUAGUAGCAUCGUCUUCGAAUACCUCUUAUUCAAAGCAUCGCGUUCAUGGGAGAAAUGUCUCGACGACAAGACCAGUCAAGAGGUUCCAUUGGGACAAAUUUAUCAAUUUCCAUACAAUAAAUAACAAAAAGUGUUCGAUCCGCGUACCAGGUGACAAUGAGAAUUGGAAACAAGCUUAAUUGUUUUGAAGAUAUCGCUGCAAGAUUGGGAUAUGCUUAGUUAGCCAUUAGGAGGCAUUUCCCUUCCGCUUUAACCGGAAGUGACCUUGAACUUCGUUUUUCAAAUGGAAACCUGCAUAUUUCCUUCUACAUAUAAUCCCACUCUAUACAAAAUGCUCUUUCCAACGGUGAAGCUUUUAUGUUCAGAUUGGUCUAAUAAAUCUGAGAUAACUUUGUCCGAAUCGAAUUUUCAGCCACUCGGUAUGUUCUUGUCAGACGUGAUUAUGUAAAAAAAGUGGAGUCGGUAAUUUUUUCCCACGAAUGCCAGAUUUUCUUCUAGUCUAUGAGUAAGAAAUGACGGAACCAAGCUUGCCAGGAACCAGGCUGUCAGUAUCAUAGUAUAUCACCCAUUAGAAUUUCACACCGUUCAUUCUCAAAAUGCACAAACACUUAGGCUUAAUAGCAGCUAUAGUUGUAGCGACGUGUAGCCUCUUUGUAAGCGAAUAUAGGUUAUGUACAUAACGUUUUUAAAUGUCAGCCUUCUGUAAAUGUUCGAAUCCCUAUGAAGGUUUUUUAAAGUUUGUAUACGUAUGUAAAUAAUAUUUUAUAUUUAUAAAAUGAUAUAUUUUAAAACAUAUCGAUGAAAUUCGCUGACGAAUCUCCUUGUUAACUAUGUUAUAAGUUCAUUAACAUGAAUAUAUACAAACUUGUUGUCAAUAUUUGUGGCCAAUUUUAUCACUAUCCGUUAUGUCUGAAUCACGAUGUAAAGCUUGUUUUAUAUGUCCAAAACGGACGCAGGAAGGUAAACGCAUAUUAAAACAAGAAAGAUUGAUAUUCAAAUGAAGUUGGGUACUUUAUUUUGAAGGUUCAUUUAUACCAUUUAUGUAUGAAAAAUAAUAUCGCUCAAAUGUUCACCUCGACUCGAUUUGCAGACGUCCACGCGAUGGUCGAAAUUUUCAAUGACAUUUUGCAACAUGGUCGGUUCUAUGGCAUUUAUCUCGGCAAUGAUGUUGUUUUUGAGUUCUUGGAGGGUGCCUUGUUUGUUGACGUAGACUUUGCUUUUCAGAUAUCCCCAUAAAAAGAAGUCCUAGGCAGUCGAAUCGCACGAUCUUGGUGGCCAUGGCACAUUUCCUGUGCGCGAAAUCACGCGAUCACCGAAGAAGGACUGCAAUCGAUGGAUAUUGACGUUGGUUGUGUGGCAUGUUGCACCGUCUUGUUGGAAAUAAACAUCGUCCAUAUCCAUUCCUUCAAGUUGCGGCAAAAAAUAGUCCUCUAUCAUCACGUGAUAUCGCUCAGAAUGUACGGUAACGGCGUCCCCGGCCGCAUUUUCGAAAAAGUAAGGUCCGAUGAUGCCUUUUGACCACAAUGCACAUCACACAGUCACUUUUUGAGGAUGCAUCGGCUGCUCUUGAUACUCACGGGGAUUUUCGUUUGCCCAGAUGCUGCAGUUUUGCUUGUUUAUCGUCCCAUUCAAAAUGAAAUGCGCUUCGUCGCUGAACAUGAUUUUUGAUGAAAAACUGGCAUCAAUUUGGCGGUGUUCAAGGAGCCAAUCUGAGAACGUUCGGCGCGAAAAAUAGUCGGCCCGACGCAGCUCUUGCGUCAAUUGGAUCUUGUAGGCGUGUACAUUCAAAUCCUUGUGGAGAAUGCGGAGCAAACUGGUUCUCGAAAUGCCCAAUUCUUGGGAUCGACGCGUUGUUGAUUGUUUCGGAUCGUCUCUCACACUCUCCUUCACAACAGCAAUAUUUUCCGGUGUGCGAACGCUCCUCGGCCGGCCAGAGCCUGGCAGAUUUGCCACAGAACCUGUUGCCUCGAAUUUACGCACCAGACGACCGAUGGUUCUUUCGUUUGGGCGGUUGUUGCGACCGAAAUGUUCACGAAGCGCGCGAAACGUGUUUUUUAUUUUUGCACCAUUUUUGUAGUGCUCUUGAAUACGACUCCAUAGCGAUCAAUGGUAAGCAUUCAACUAACAAAAUGACAUGUCGGUGACAGAAAACAAAGAUGGCGUCUAUGUCAAAUUGAGGUUUACUUUCCUGCGUCCCUAUUGGACAACCCUUUACAUGAUUUUUGAAACAAUUGAAGCGUGCAGGGGAAAAACGUACCCUGUUAUAGAAAAUAUUGCCUACGAAGAUUUUACAAUGGAAUUCUUAAAUUUCAAAUAUAAAGGUCUUCGGUCUAGAGAAAAUUUUGCUGGAUAACAUUUUGAACAGAAAAUGCCAAAUUCUGAAAAAUUUCCUUGUAUUUCCCAAGAACUAUGACAUAUACUAAAUGGCACAGAAAAUGAAAACGGAACCAACACAGAAAAAUCACAUAAUACUAAGUAAACAUGUUUAUAUUGUUCGGAUCCUGAUAUGACAAAAAAAGCCUUUACAAAAAAGUACGGCUCAUUUUAUCAGCGUAAGCUUCGAUGAUAGCAAAUAUGUUUACAAGUUUUCAUUAAAAUUCUAAAUGAUGACCAAUAAUCUAAAAAAAUAGAGGUAGUAAAACAUAAAUUUGAUAAUUGGCGAUUUUUUAAACGAAAAUUGACCGAUACAGCAAUUUGAUCAGCAAAAGUCUCAUUUUGAACGUAUUUUCAUGCCCUACCGAUACUUCAUAGUUUUUUGAAUAUAUGGGAAAAGGCCCUUUUGAAAAACGUAUUUUGAAAAUGGUAUCUGUUUCUUGGUCACGCUGUAUGUACGGGAAAAGAUGGGUUUUAUAUAAUUAAAUGUUGAUUCAAAUUACGGUUAGUUUAAACGAAAUCCUACUGACUACUCAUAUAACUUCAGUAGGAUUUUUCAAUAUGAAAUCGACCACAGUGAUUCAUACACAAAAACAUGCAUUUUCUUCAAUGUAUUAUAUAAGGUUUUUUAAUAUAAUUGCUUCGAUUUUAUUUUAGUAUAACUUCCAAAAACAACGUACUUACACUUUUUUAUAACGAACAUUUUAACCAACCCCACUACCGACUAUAUAAAAAUAGCUUCUAGACAGUAGACGUAGUUACUUAUUUUUAUAUGUUCACCAGUGAAACUACUAAUAUUUCCUGCACUUACUUACGUUGUGUUGAUGUAAGAAACAAACCAAACAUACUAACCGUCUAUCUCAACUCAGAUGCUCAAAAUAAUCUAAAAACUAGUGAUCUUUUUGCAGAAAACGAGAAAACAAGUAAAUUUCUCCCUGCAAUAGACCUACUGCUUACAAGGCUUCAGACAAAAGCAAAGGUCUUUGUAGGAUAUUUGUAUGGCCCGCUUAAUUUUCAUAGUUUUCUGCUGUUAACUGUCAGCGCUCCAUUUUGAGGUUAUGUCACAAAUAUCUAUUUGCAUCAAAUUGUUUAUGCUUUUGAUUUAUUCCAUCUGUUGUAUAGUCUGGAAUUUCCUACAAUUCAAGACGAAAGCAUAGUCUGACUAUUGGAGAGCGCUGACGCUGAUACGGAACAGGUGAAAUCUACAAAUACCUCAGCCUUUCUGAAGGAGAGUAAAGGAGGACAUGAAGGGGUCCUGCAAUUGUAGAACGCCUUUAUGGCCUCCUUGAUUGUCAUAGUCUUUUCUGUUCUUCAGGCUGAUAAAACAGAUGAUAUAAAUCAAAAGCAAGGACAAUUUGAUGAAAACAGACGUGUGUGACAUAACCUCAAAAUAACUAUGAAAAUCAAGAAGGCCAUACAAUUGUAGGUCCAACGAUUUCGACAAAAAUAACUAUUCUAAAUCCUACGUUUCAUGGAAAAAGGUUGACCACUUUUCCAGAAUAUUACUCAAAACAACUUAUAUGACACCUACCCUUACGUUCGGGAUUUAUUUAGCUAGUAAAAACUGUGAGUUUUUCAAAACAGCCACGACCCAAAAUAUGUACUCACAACGUUUUCAAGUGUUAUAUUUAAAAAAAAAUACUGAACUUUUCUGCAAAAGCAUCAUUUGGUUCUAUGUUUGGUUUGUUCAGCCAUAAUAGUUGUAUUGUUUUUUUAUGAGUUUAUCUUUGGUGCCAAAGAAGAAAUUGUGACGUCCAAAGAGAUUUUCGGUGUGGUGCUGCUAUGAACUAAUUUUCGGCUGCGCAACCGAAUAAACUAUUUAAUAGGUUCUUAUAGGUUUAUAGCUAUGAUAAACACUUAACAUCCUAAUAUCAACUUGUAGAUAUUGUAUCAUAUUAUUCAUAGCGUUAUGAUGUUUAAUAAAG